AUGACCAUCGAGUGUCGCCACUGCCACGCUCUACACUGGGCUGCCGAACGGGUCAAGUCAUCCCCUGAAGCUAGGCCUUCCUUUGGUCGGUGCUGCAAGCAUGGCAAAGUCGCGCUUCCGAGAAUGCCUGCCCCGCCUCACCACCUUCUUCACCUCUUCACCGAUCAAGACCUUCGCGGCCGCGACUUCCGACAUAAUGUCCGCCAGUACAACGCUGCGCUUGCGUUCACUUCCCUAGGUGUUCGCAUUGAUGACAGUAUCAACACGUCUGGCAGUGCACCCUACAUAUUCAAGAUUGGCGGGGAACUGUGUCAUCGCAUGGGCGCUCUGCUUCCAUCAGAGGGUAAUCAGCCCAGAUACACGCAGCUUUACAUCUAUGAUCCCCGCGAUGCUCUUGAUGCUCGGAUGGCGCGCAACGACAACCUCUCUGCGGCCACCAUGCGCAUUCUGCAGCGUACUCUCCUUCUCUGUAACCCGUACACCCGGAUCUACCGGCAUGCUGCCGACGUCCUCACCCACUCAUCACAAGCGCCCGACGUUCACCUUACGUUGUCCGUAGACGCGCAGCAAGAUCCGCAUCGCUAUAACCUGCCCACUGCCGAUGAACUUGCGGCUAUACUUCCUGCAAGUAAUGCGCAAGCAAGUGAUGGCAGAGACAUUGUUGUCUAUCUGCGCGACGGUCGCUUGAGGCGCAUCAAUGACUGCAGCCCAGCGUAUGCGCCUCUUCACUAUGUUCUCUUCUUCCCCUUCGGCACCCCUGGCUGGUCAUGGGACAUGCAAUUGCUGCAACCAGAUGAAAGCGGCAGUCGCCGCUUGACGCAGUGCAUGUUCUAUAGCCAUCAGCUCCACUACCGGUCAUCUGAGCUAUCGCUCCUCUUCUACGGUGGCCGCCUCUUCCAGCAGUACAUUGUCGAUGUCUGGGCGACAACAGACCAGAACCGGCUGCGGUGGCUUGAAAACAACCAGAAGCAGAUACGCGCCGAGCUCUAUAGCGGUCUCCAGGACUUGGUUGCCGACGAGAGCCCUGACCUUAAUUCCGUCGGAAAACGCCUCAUUCUCCCCUCAUCACAUGUCGGCAGCCCGCGUUACAUGCAUCAGUGCUUCCAGGACGCCAUGGCGCUUGCUCGCUACUUCCGGCGUAUCGACUUCUUCAUCACCGUCACCUGCAAUCCC